AUAAAGGUAGCCAGUAUGAGGAAGUUGUUGGUGCUUGCUGAACUGUCGACCAGUCAACGUUUCUUCAAUACCUGCUCAUUCUUCAAAAUGAAACGAAUCACAUUGCUCGUUCUCUUCGUCUACAUGACGAUGUGUACAGCGGAGGAUUCAACAUGGUCAGGCGACGGUGGAAGCAACGGUAAAGAUAAUUGUGGAGACAUCGACAAUGACAAACAUAAUGGCGGAAACGUCGACCAUUAUGAUCACAAAGACUAUAAUAAUGGCGAUGGUGAACACUGCGAUGCUGACAAUGGCGAAAACUACAAUCAUUAUAAUAAUCGCGUGAAACGCGACGAUGAAGACCAUCAUAAAAAAGACGGCAGUGUCAAAUGUAAAGGUGAUGAAAGCCAUAGUACUGAAAUAGUAGAUUUGAACCUCUUGAAUUUUUAAUCUUGAAAAACCUUUCAUUUUAAUAUGCCUAACACCAAUAUUACAAAGGCGAGCGCUGAGUUUCAGCUAUUAUUGCUUAUUAGGUUCUUGCCGCGGUCUCAGUGGCGUGAGUCAUAUCAAGCAUCCCAUAGUCUAAGUUACCGUAUAACCCAUCCGUGUACCAAACUUUAUUUUAAUCCGUAGAAUAGUUUUUGCGUGAAAGAGUAACAAACGUCUAUCCAUAAUUACAUCCUCACGAACAUUCGCAUUUAUAACCUCACUGAUUUCGGUAUGCCAAAUAAAUAAUUCAAUCUUAA